GCUGCAUUUCUGAUCCUGCCUGGAGUCUGGGGAGAAAAUGGAGGCUCAUUUCAUCAGAUUUACACAGUUGCUCCGUCUUGUCUGAGCUCUUCAGCUGUCUCGUACGCGUUCACCCGCCGAGAAAAGGACUUUAAAUCGUGUUUCGCUUGACGGGAUUUACUCUCCAAUCUUGAGUUAUUCUCGCUACUUCUAUCACAUGGCAAAGAUUGGCAGCAUCAUGGUUUGGCUCCGUGGUGCCCUGGUGGCUGGCUGCAUUUCCUGGAAUACGCUGGAACCUGAGCCUUGAAAGACACACCAUGGAAUGCCUGUAGUGCCACACCUCACCGCCACCCAGCCCACAAGCAUCAGCGGGAAUCAAAAUCACAAAGAGAGACACAAACAAAUAAGGGACACCGAGGAGGACUCCCAAAUCUGUGCUCCUGGAGACUCUAUCUAUUUAGGUCAGCCAGCUUGAAAGGGAUCUUUGUGGAAGGUGUAGCAGAGAGUGCCAGUGUGCGUGUGUUUCCCUUUUAGAAUAGGGGCCUGCCCUGGGCACUGAAGCCAUGAGGCCCAAGACUUUCCCAGCUGCCCCGUAUGUAGGCAACACACGCCAGAGGCUUCAGGAGAUCAAGGAGGGUCUGAAGCAGCCAGCCAAACUAGUGAGCCAGGCCCUGCACGGGGGCAGCUCCCGGACAGAUAGCAGCAGGGGGGCCGACUGCAAGAGCGGGAAAGACACAGCCAGCCGACAGCAGCAGCUCCGACCCCCGCAAAAGUUCAACAACUACCAGAAUGCUCUGCGAGAAAUCCGCAAGUCUCUCAUGCCCUUUGCCAAUGAGUCUGGCCCAUCUUCUGGGUCAGGGCACCCUGCAGGCGCUGGGGAGGUCAACCGGCAGAUGCUGCAGGAGCUGGUCAACGCCGGCUGUGACCAGGAAAUGGCAGUGCGGGCACUAAAACAGACAGGAAGUAGGAACAUUGAAGCAGCCUUAGAGUACAUCAGCAAAAUGGGCUACCUUGACCCUCGCAAUGAACUCAUCGUCCGUGUCAUCAAGCAGACUUCACCAGGAAAAGCUGGCAUGCCAAACUCAAUGGACCACCGACCUGCAUUAGAGGCUUCAGGUGAGGCAGGUCCCAUGCCACCAUACCACCAGAUGGGAGCUCCCAUGUAUGAUGGGGCAGGGGGAUAUAGCCCUGAGGGUGAGAUGCCCAGACCCUACAUGACUGCUCCCCCUGUAAUGAACUACAUGAUGCCCCCAAAUGGUACAGCACAGGGCCCUGCCAUGGGGAACCCAAUGGGUCGACCUCCCAGUAUGGGCACCUAUCCAGCAGUGAUGUCGACACAAAGCAACCCAGCCAAUACCAUGUACCCCCCAGGGGCCCAGCAGAAGGGCUACCCUGGCAGUAUGGAGCAGCACGGGCCCAUGAUGAGCUACAAUGUCCCUGGUCAGCCUUUGCAGCUCCAGCCUCAGCCACCAGGAGGCCCUGUUCCAGGCCCCCACUAUGACUAUGGCCAUGCCAGGCCACAUAUGAUGGAGCCUGCAGGCUAUGGAGUCAAGAGGACUGCCUCCUUCCAGAACAAGAUGGCACCGCCUCCCAUGGCACCCCCAGAGAACUACGUCAACAUGCAGGGGAAAGGGGCCAUGGGCCAGAAUGGUCCAGGAGGAGGAGGGGGAGGGUACCCAGCUAACCUGUACCUGGCUCCUCAUUCCCACCCACGCCAGGCAAGCCCCACCUCCCACCAGGUCCACAUGAUGUCCCGUUCCCCAGGUGGGGUGGCAGGGAUGGGCCCUGACUUCUCCGAUAUGCCCCAAGGCUUGAUGACACCGUCCAGGGCCAGCCUUAACCUGGACCUGUAUGAGCAUCACUGGGCGGGGCCUCCAGGUCCUGAAGGGGCCCCUCCAGCCAGGCAACCCCAGCCCCAGGGCCCAUUCAGGGGGGAAGUGCGUGUCCCCAGCAGAACCAACUCUUUCAACAGUCGCUCUGUGGGGCCCAAUGGUGUCCGGCCUGCGAUGGCUGCACCCCCCACAGCUGGCAAACAGGACCCCUCCUUGGGCCCUCCUAACACCAUCACAGCUGUAACAUCCCCGCCUAUCCAACAGCCAGUCAAGAGUAUCCGUGUGAUGAGGCCUGAGCCCAAGACAGCUGUGGGACCCUGUCACCCCGGCUGGAUGACUGCUCAGGCCCAGGACACAGCAGAGCCUCUGGCCUACAUGCCAGAGGAGACCUACUCCCUUGAGCCUUCUCAGGAGCCACGCUGCCCACCACCACCUUACCCCAAAAACCUGCUCAUGUCUGGGGCAGCUGGCGAGCCAGGGGCCAUGGAAGGAUCCGGAGUCGUGUGUGGAGCUCAGGAUCUCUGCAACCCUGCUGUCAGAAGCACACAUGGCGGCAGUGGAGGGAGCGGAAAGGCCGAGGAGAGCCAGCAGGUAAAAGAGAAGACAAAGAUGGGCAAGGGAGAAAAAACAGUGAAAGACAAGAAGCAGAUCCAGACAUCACCUGUUCCUGUGAGGAAGAAUGGGCGUGAUGAGGAGAAGAGAGAGUCGCGCAUCAAGACUUACUCACCUUUCGCUUUUAAGUUCUACAUGGAGCAGCACAUAGAGAAUGUGAUGAAGACCCACCAGCAGAAACUGAAUCGCAGGCUUCAGCUGGAACAAGAGAUGUCCAAGGCUGGCCUAUCGGAAGCAGAGCAGGAACAGAUGAGGAAGAUGCUGAAUCAGAAAGAGUCCAACUACAACAGGCUACGCCGUGCCAAAAUGGAUAAGUCCAUGUUUGUCAAAAUCAAGACAUUGGGCAUAGGUGCCUUUGGUGAAGUGUGUCUUACACGUAAGGUGGACACAGGUGCACUUUAUGCCAUGAAAACACUGCGCAAGAAAGAUGUCCUCAACCGCAACCAGGUGGCUCACGUGAAAGCAGAGCGCGACAUCCUGGCUGAGGCAGACAACGAGUGGGUGGUGCGUCUCUACUACUCCUUCCAGGACCGUGACAGCCUCUACUUCGUCAUGGACUACAUCCCCGGAGGAGACAUGAUGAGUUUGCUCAUCCGAAUGGGCGUCUUCCCUGAACCUCUGGCGCGUUUCUACGUAGCGGAGCUGACAUUGGCCAUCGAGAGCGUCCACAAGAUGGGCUUCAUCCACCGCGACAUCAAGCCUGACAACAUCCUCAUUGACCUGGACGGACACAUCAAGCUGACGGACUUUGGCCUCUGCACAGGCUUCCGCUGGACGCACAACUCCAAAUACUACCAGAAAGGGAGCCACGUCAGACAGGACAGCAUGGAGCCCAGUGACUUCUGGGACGAUGUGUCUAACUGCCGCUGCGGCGACCGGCUGAUGACACUGGAGCAGCGCGCCAACCGGCAGCACCAGCGCUGCCUCGCUCACUCCCUGGUGGGAACACCUAACUACAUCGCACCAGAGGUGCUGCUGCGCAAAGGUUACACCCAGCUGUGUGACUGGUGGAGCGUGGGAGUGAUCCUGUUUGAGAUGCUGGUGGGACAGCCGCCUUUCCUGGCCCCCACGCCUACAGAGACUCAGAUUAAGGUCAUUAACUGGGAGAGCACACUGCAGGUCCCUGCCCAGGUCAAACUGAGCCCUGAGGCUGUCGACAUCAUUGGCCGUCUCUGCUGCUCUGCAGAGGAUCGUGUGGGUGCCAAUGGCGCAGGUGAGAUCAAGGCUCACCCCUUCUUCGCCCAGAUGGACUUCUCCAGCAAUCUGCGGCAGCAACCCGCCCCCUACCGGCCCAAGAUCGCCCACCCGAUGGACACAUCCAACUUCGACCCCGUGGAGGAGGAGGGCGUUCCCGGGGCGUGGAGUGACAGCGGGGACAGCACCCGAGCCUUGGACAUGCUCUGCUCCCCGCAUGGGAAACACCCAGAGCAUGCUUUCUACGAGUUCACCUUCCGCAGAUUCUUCGAUGACAAUGGCUGCCCCUUCCGCUACCCUAAACCACUUGAGGCUAGCAGUGGGUCGUCAAGCGUCACCGGAGCCACCUGCAUGGGCACAGAAGAGGAGGAUGAACAAGAACAGGAGGAGGAAGAGGAAGAGGAUGAUGAAGAGGAGGAGGAGGGAGAGCAGGGGGAGGGAUGUGAACCGGUGUACGUCUAGAGCUGCAGACUGACAGGCUUUCUGAGCGUUGUGUGUUUAUUACUGCCGACUAAUGCUCAUCAUUUAGCUCAUGUCCCUCCAACCUGCCACUGCUCUUUUUCUGUGUAUGUGUCCGUGUGCAUUGAUGUGUACGCUACACAUGUGUGUCUGAGUGUUUUUUUUUUGCAUAUCUGGCAUGUGUGAUUGUUAAGUUGCAGGAGCAGAAUUGAUGAACAUCGCCACCUUGUGGAAUUUAUAGUGCAUCCACAAUGGCUUUAAAUACAAAGCUCCUCUGAUCCGGGACCAAAAAACAACAUUCUUUAUGUGACUGAUUGCAUCAAGGGUGAAGCAUGUGCGGUUGGAAGAGUAAGACUUGGAAACUGUACAGCUUGAAAGGAAAUAGUUAAUAUUCUUGGGAAUGAAAGGAUGUCUGGAUUACAGACAAGAUUUCUAAUUUGAGGACUGCUUCUGGUUCUUCCAGCAGUUUCUUUACCCAUUCCUUCCACCCUUGUGUCUUACGGAUGUCUGAAACACCUCCAUGGUCACGUUCAGACACAGGAGCUGCUUCCUGUUCUACCUGAGCUGCUUUACACUCGAAUAUUGGACACAGCAGUGAGAAGAGUGGAACCAGUUUACUUGUUGAUUGUUGAGGGCGGGGGACUGAAUAAGCAUCACACCUCUAUCACAGCUGCUAAAUAAGCUACAAAGACACAUGCAUGCACGUGCACACACUCACACACGGUUAUUAUCAAUUAGUUAAAGACAGUGUUUGCAGGUAUAUUUCAGUGUCCAGUGUUGAAGUUUCAAGAUGUUGGCACAGACUAGAUGAUGAAUUCUCCAAAAUUCCUCGUGUUCACCCACAGAGAAACUGUUUAGCAGCCCUCUUGUGUGACAGAGAAUGUGCAUCCUUUGGCAGCAUUCAGUUUUCAAUUUUUAAAUAUUUCUCUGUCAUUAAUUUAAAUUUCUGCAGUUUAACCAAAUAGAAUAUUUUUGGCUGCUCCAUCUAUCAUUUAUAUCCACAAAUGCCUAAUUCUGUGCCAACUGUAGGUCAGUGUAAUGUUUUAUUGUUAAGAUGAAAGCCUGAUCCUUCUUCCCUCAGAUGGUUGCUGUUACAAAUAUCCGUGAGUUCAUAAAAAUACUUCCUGUUACUGAUUUCCUAUUCUAGCUUACCAUUUCAAUAUUCACCUACAAAAAAUGUUAAAUCUACACAGGCACAAAGGGCAUGUGUAGAGUUUGAGAAAUCUAGCCCAAUCCAACACUGAACCACUGUAGCCUUUAUUGAGCCCAAGCCUUAUUAAAACAAGAAAUAUUAUUGUAAGCCUGAAAUGCAGUGGAUUUCUGUUCAUAAAUUAUAGGAAGAAUUGGAUCAGAUGGAAAGAUUGCUCUCUUGUUACUUGUUACAACACAUAUUUUCCCAUUCUUUAUUUUAGGGGAAAAAAACGGGUGAAUGGAAUGAAACCCAACCUGAUUGAAGAGAAUUAAAAGGAAUCAGAGCCAGACUUUGACAGGCCUGAACACGGCGGGUCGGGCUGGGCUGAGUAUGUUUCUGACUGAGAAAAGUUCUAAUACACACACGCACAGCUAUUUUGCAAAGAUCAAUCCCACAGUUGCAUUGUAACAUAACCGGCUUCCUGUAUCUUCUGGAGGCAGUCAUGAAAACACAACGCAACACGUUCUUACAACAGCAAACAUGAUAGUAUGACUAUGUGCAAUACAAAAAAAACCAUUAUAUAAAUAGUUUUCUAAACACUUAAUAUCCUUUUGAACGUUUAGUACUGAAAUGUACAAAUAUAUUGGUUUAUAUAUAUUUUUCUUUUUUCAGUUACAACAUGCUGCUUAUUAUUGUGGUUAAUAUUAUUCACAAUAUUAUUAUAAUUGUUACUACAUUUGUACCUGUUUUCUUUUGUUGUGGCUUAAAGAAUUUUUGGCUUAAUUGCCGAGUGUGCUUGGGUUUUGAAAGUAAAGAGCUGUGUGCCUUUUCUAAUUGAAUGUUGGGGUGUGUAUCGCCGCUAGAUAACGAAGGAGACAACAGUGGUGAUCAGUGUUUGCAGAACAUAGAAUACUCUUCGCCUCCUGCAGUCGGGCUGGCCCUGGAUGUAGGAGAGUAGGGUGUUAAGGAUUCUGGUUCAGAAAAGAGAUGGAACAGAGUAGAUACAAGUUAGAGGAAGAGGAGGAGUGAGGCAGGUUGUCUUGAGAUUAUGUAAUUUGAAAGAGAAAAAAAACAGACUAGUUUUCUCUAUUUUACAAAAUUGCUAAUGGUUAGACUUCUGCAAAGUGUUUGGUACAUUUUCUCUAUUUAUCCAAAAUGACCACAAGUUUGAGUGUUGUUUAACUGUAUACUUUUGCUACAGAUCUGUGCCAUGUUCUUUAUUAGAGCUCUGCUGUCCAGCAGACGACGCUGUCACCCAGUAUCUUCUUGCUUAUUGACAAUCAGUAAACAGUAACUGGUCUCUUUGAGUCAAACUGAACGGUUUGGUCAAUUAUAACACCAAACAGUUCCAACAGUAUUCUGAAUUUGACUUAAUGACUGGGAAUGCUAAAGAAGUCUUUGAGUGAUUCUCUGAUGCACAACUGGCAGAAUGAUGAAAAAUGUGUGGCUCAGAUUUGUUACAGAAGAUUUUGAUGUUUGUUUGUUUUUGUGUUUUUUUGCUUGACAAUGUAUUAAAAGUUUGUUUUUCUGUAAAUGUGCCUUGUGUUCUAAAGUGAGCAGCACAAUCCUAAACGAUUGCCUUAUCACCAUCUCUUUUUCACAGACCUCUUUUACCUGUUGUUAUUAUUCUUGAUCUGGGGAAGUUGAUGUCUCACAUUCACACUGGCUUUGUUUACACGCACCAACAAUCAAUCUUAUUCUUGUCAGUAACUUACAAUAAAUAUAAUUAGAUAAGGUAGAAAGGGAGGAAAAUUGUGGGCGCAAAAAUAAAUUACAAUGCCUGACAUCUGAGACUAAUGAGAUGUGUAAUCUUAAGUUGUCUCUUUGCCCUUAAAAUCACAAGGAAAUCCAAUUAGAUGCCACUUUUCUGUAACUCAAUGUAUUUCUGCAACAUAUAGUUUUAGGAAAGGGAAACAGGGUCCUCACCGCUGUACAAUGUUCCAACUCAGGUUAUGUUGAAAUUUAAUAAGGUGCUGGUUUUAUUUGAGUUUGAUUGUUCAAAUUUUUAAUUUCAUAUCACAGACUGACUGAUUUGUUGCAUCUAUACAAAAAAAAAAUUAACGUAAUCACUAUGUGAAAGAACCUUUUUUUUUUGCUGUUUUUCAUGAAUGUCUAAUGGUGGCUCAAACUGGACUAAAGCCAGUAAAUUCUGCAUGUAAACAUAGCCAGUGUUGUCUGUGAGCUGCCCAGAUAAACCAUAGUCUUCUACAGAGCAGCACCACUGGAUCCAUAAUGGAUUAAGUGCCCUGCUCAAGGGCACAAUCAUUGAGAUUAAGGCAGACAGGUGUUGCUUUUUCACUCUUCCCCAGACACCGUUCCACCUCUUUAAACCUCUCAUUGAUUGCGUUGUCAAUCUACAUUGACCAGGACGGACUGCUUCAUUAAAAAUAGCUUUAUUACGUGAGCCACAGCUCUCUGCAGAGUGUUUGUGUUUCACAAAGUGUGAGGUUGUUCCUGGAUAUGUUUUUUUUCUUUUCAAUUUCUAAGGUUAGACAGUGAUGACUGACAAUCUUUGACUGACUUGAUAUGCUCCGAUCUGAUUUCUUCAUGAGACUUACUUAUGUAUCCUUUUUCAUUUACUCUAAGGAGUCUCUUGUUGUCUUUGAUGCUCCUUAAAGUAUGAUACAAUUCUUACUCUUGAAUUUAUAUUUAUACAGAUAUACAUAUUUUUUGUAUCUUUUUCCCCCUUUUUUCAAUUUCCCUUGUGCUAAUGUUCAAAAAUCCAUGUCUACGCAGUAUUAUAGAUGUUGUAAUGUGGACAGCCAUCUUUUUUUACAUUCAUGUAUGAACUGAGAAUUUGUAAAAAUGCUUUCACAGUCCUUGUGUGUAAAAUGUAUGUAUAAAUUAAAUUAACCAACAUGAA